AUGUCAACCCAGCAGGUCUAUGAUGCUUUCACUUCCCCGAGAGCGUCCUCUCUACUCUUAACUAUUGCUAGCGCUCUGCUUAAACGUAACUCUGCUGUCAGUAAGCUGCUUCGUGAUAAGGAGGUCUCGUAUACGAUUGAUACUGAUGAGUGA